CCAAAGGGAAAAAAAGAAAAAGAAAUCUCAUAUUUCCACACUUCCUGUUUCCAAUUUUUUCCACUUUUGCAACCUUUCCUUCUGCUCCUUCCAUAAAAACCUCGUAAAACACAGCGGUGUGAUACACUGGCAAUGGAGGGAACUGAAACAACAGCUACAUCUCAAAUAGAUGGGAAUCAGGAGGAAGACAACCUGAUGGUCCUGAUGUCUGGAAAACCCCUGCACCGAUUUGUCCAAAAGGAGCCCAGAAAUAUUGGGAUUGUCAUUCUGAUGUUUGGCUGUGCAGAGCUGUUGAUGGGAUUUCACCUGACUGCUGAUAAUUUGUACACCUCGAAUAAGAUCUACAUCCCCUUCUGGCAGGGAGCUCUGUUUCUUGUGUGUGGAAUCCUGUCGAUCUACACCGAGUUACAUCCAUCCAAGAAGAUGGUGACUGUGUGUCUGUCCAUGUACGUGGUCUCCAUUCUUGGAAUCGUAGUCUCUCUUGGACACAGGAUAAACUGCUUUGGCCACUAUAGUUUCAGUGUAUACAGGUCACGAUACACUUCAAAGCCGAAAGAUUAUGAGAGAUCAGACAGUUUAGACUUUUCCUAUGUGGCACAGGUCAUAUCUGUUGAAGGCAUAUUGUUCACAUCAUCUCUGUGUGUGUCAGCACUUCUCAUCUUUUUGUGUACCAUUGCACGUUUUGCACUUAAAUCCACAAACACCCAGGUUAUUCUCCAGCAGAUUCCAGCCCCACAGACCUACACAUAACCAAACAAAGACAAGAGCUAUUCUGCACAGGCUAACUCUGUAUUUCCUGUAACUCCUACACCCAGUGAAACUAAAUUUUCAUAAUUCUGUACAGUUUAUAAAAGUUUGUUUUGCAGGGCCACAUUUGCUUUUCGUAAGGUAUAUUUUGUAAUGAAAGUUAACCCGUGUCAUCUCUGCACACAUAUAAUGGUAACUGCUAAUCUCUCAUUCAAGGUUUUUGUUUUUUACUUCAGAGAUAAUAGAAACUCUGUGGUGGUGAUUGCAUUAGACUUCAAAGAAAGCCUCACAGAGAACAGCCCUGAUAACGCUUAGUAAAAUUAUAACGCUGUCUAGCUCUGUGUAAAUACUGACAAAAGACUGCUCACGUCCGCAGGUCUGUCAGACCUCAACCAUGUUCAGCUUGAUUUUAAGUUAGUAUUAAUCAAUUAUGAUUAUAUUAUGAUUUAUACUUCAACUAUUUAGUCACAACUUCUAGAUAUAAAUAAGUUUUAGUUUUGUGUACUCAUCCAUUAAUCUAGUAAUCAUAAUAAAAAAAGAUGAAUGUAAUCCCCAGGGUUUUAAGUCCUGUUCAAUGUUGAAAUGUGAAUUUUGACAAUUUAACAGACUUUCCUGUAUUUUAUUGAGGAAAAAUGAUUUUCAACGGUCCUGCGUAUUUUAUGAUCAAUAUUGUUGCUUUGAAACUGUGACAGACUACACAAACAGCAAAGAUAUCAAACAAUUUGUUCUUUUAUUUCCAGUCAUGUCAUCAAGUAGUCAAACAAUAUUUUUAGUGUAUUAUUAUGUCAUGUGUCGAGGUUAUUGUCCAGUUUUUAGUGUCACAUUUGGUCCAUGUGCGUUUCCUUUCAGUGUUGCAGUAUUUAAUAAACAUAGCUUGCAGUGUGCAGAGACUGCAUGGACGCCUGGUCAGCUGAACCAGAGGGCUUGUACUCUCCUUUGGAAGCCAGGCUAUUGAUCUGUUGAGAGCAAAGGGGAGAAGAGAAGGGCAAAGUCAAAUCUGGCCGUUAAUGAUCAGCCAAACUACAUGCGCAUAUC